CUCGGCGGCCGCUGUCGACGACGAUCCAAAGUCCUCGUCCGCGUCCUCGUCCCGGUCAUCCUCGCCGACUCCGACUCCUCCGGAAGAGAUCGAGCUCGACGUCCUCACCUCGAAACCCGCCCCGCCUCCGACGCACCCGAGACUCAACUCGACCCUGUCAAACUCCACGAACAGCUCCGAGUCCUCCACCUCGGAGUCUUGCAGCUCGGACUUCUUCACAGACAGCUCAGGCUUGACACCCGAGGAGCGGCGCAAGCUCAUAGAGGAGAUUUUGAAGGAGCUGGAGGCCUAUUGAUUGCCUCGUCAAAACCCUGCAAUAAAAAACAUCUACAUCAUCGCACAAUGGCUGGAGUACACCAGUGGACGAGGCAAGAAAAGUUCAAGCGCGGCAUCUGGGCCGUAGCUUUCGCCGCCUGCAUUUUCGCCGGCACAAUCACAGGCGCGCAAUUAAAGACGGACAAUGAGAAGAAGGAGGCCAUCAAGGAGUUUCGCGCAACGUCACCAAAUGACCAGAUAGCCGCUCUCCUAUCACAGCGGCAAGCUCUUGUCUCACAAAAAGAGAUCUUGCAACGGAAAAUGGACGCAUUUCAAGAGCGUGUCAAGGAGAGGGAAGCCGAAAAGGCGAGAAAGGAAGCGAAUCCUUGA